AUGAGUUGUACCUAUAAUGACACAAUCAGCAUAAACACCUUAACCGGGCCUGAUGUCAGAACCAGCAGGAUAGGAGCCGACGGGGUGUCUGAAGAUGACCGACAUGUCCUGGUGGAGGAGCAGAAGUCAUGCAGGGCCCGGGCUCGCUGCUUCUCCCUGGAGACCAACCGAAGACGGAAGUAAGUUUCUAUACCUACGUUUUUUUAAGCUUAAAUCAUAGCCUCUAUGGUCAUUGUCACGUGGCAUGACAAUGACCAUAUGAGUUGACAAGACAGCACAAACUGAUCUGAGACCAGGCUAUAACCUAACAACCGUAGGCCAUAUCUCAAAGCAUAGUCUAACUAAAAGCCAACAAGGUAAUGAGGUAGAUGUCCCAUGUUCUAAAGUGUCCCUUGGCCUGGACCACCUAAUUAGCACCCUCCUUCUACUAGCGUAUGCCUCCAGUCCAUCUCUCUGUCCAAGUACAACUAAUGUUUCUGCCCUAUUUAGUGCACUACUAAUGGAUCUAUAUAAUGGUGUAAAUGUUGUUCUUUUUGGGUAAAGCUAACUAGAGGAGGACAGAUCCAGUUAUUCAACAAUGUGCUGUCGUCGUUGUCAGCAGGAUUUUAUCCUGUCUUGAAAUAGACCUCCUGGUAAUGAGCCAACUGCAAGUCAGGGCUGGUCUGGCUAGACUACUGGAGUGGUGACGCUGUAAGGUCUGGCUAGACUACUGGAGUGGUGACGCUGUAAGGUCUGUAUAGACUACUGGAGUGGUGACGCUGUAAGGUCUGGCUAGACUACUGGAGUGGUGAUGCUGUAAGGUCUGGCUAGACUACUGGAGUGGUGACGCUGUAAGGUCUGGCUAGACUACUGGAGUGGUGACGCUGUAAGGUCUGGCUAGACUACUGGAGUGGUGACGCUGUAAGGUCUGUAUAGACUACUGGAGUGGUGACGCUGUAAGGUCUGGCUAGACUACUGGAGUGGUGAUGCUGUAAGGUCUGGCUAGACUACUGGAGUGGUGACGCUGUAAGGUCUGUAUAGACUACUGGAGUGGUGACGCUGUAAGGUCUGGCUUAGACUACUGGAGUGGUGACGCUGUAAGGUCUGGCUAGACUACUGGAGUGGUGACGCUGUAAGGUCUGGCUAGACUACUGGAGUGGUGACGCUGUAAGGUCUGGCUUAGACUACUGGAGUGGUGACGCUGUAAGGUCUGGCUAGACUACUGGAGUGGUGACGCUGUAAGGUCUGGCUAGACUACUGGAGUGGUGACGCUGUAAGGUCUGGCUAGACUACUGGAGUGGUGACGCUGUAAGGUCUGGCUUAGACUACUGGAGUGGUGACGCUGUAAGGUCUGGCUAGACUACUGGAGUGGUGACGCUGUAAGGUCUGGCUUAGACUACUGGAGUGGUGACGCUGUAAGGUCUGGCUAGACUACUGGAGUGGUGACGCUGUAAGGUCUGGCUUAGACUACUGGAGUGGUGACGCUGUAAGGUCUGGCUAGACUACUGGAGUGGUGACGCUGUAAGGUCUGGCUUAGACUACUGGAGUGGUGACGCUGUAAGGUCUGGCUAGACUACUGGAGUGGUGACGCUGUAAGGUCUGGCUAGACUACUGGAGUGGUGAUGCUGUAAGGUCUGGCUAGACUACUGGAGUGGUGACGCUGUAAGGUCUGGCUUAGACUACUGGAGUGGUGACGCUGUAAAGUCUGGCUAGACUACUGGAGUGGUGACGCUGUAAGGUCUGGCUUAGACUACUGGAGUGGUGACGCUGUAAGGUCUGGCUAGACUACUGGAGUGGUGACGCUGUAAGGUCUGGCUAGACUACUGGAGUGGUGACACUAAGGUCUGGCUAGACUACUGGAGUGGUGACGCUGUAAGGUCUGUAUAGACUACUGGAGUGGUGACACUAAGGUCUGGCUAGACUACUGGAGUGGUGACGCUGGGAGUGUCAACCACAGGGCCAGAGGGGAGGUACAGUGACAACAUGACAACACACAUGCACACCGUACAAAUCCCUGACUUCUACCCUUCCAGGCUAAAUGUGGAGAGCUCCAGAAACCACUGACAGGACAGGAGGAGGAUUGAGUCAGCGUCAGGGUUUCUAAGGACAACACUACCUGAUGAGGUGUUAUAGAGUCACUCCGCGUGCGUGUGUGCGUGUGCGUGUGUGUGUGUGUGAGAGAGAGAUUAAUGAACAUUAACCUACUUCAUUCGUUCUUUGACUUCUAUAGAAGGAACAUUUACAGACUAGCCAAGCGAAGUCUUCCUGGGAGAAAUCAUCAUAUUGUUUUUUUUUGUUGCCAUAAACCAAGGUGCCCAUGUGACCACUUUUGUUGUGAUCCUGUGUGGCUCAGUCGGUAGAGCAUGGCGCUCGCAACGCCAAAGGUUGUGGGUUCGAUUCUCGCUGGGGCCACCCACACAUAUGCAUCCACACAUGACUGUCAGUCGCUUUAGAUAAAAGUGUCUGUUGUGAGAAGCCUGAUAUGUUCUUCUCCUUUUCCAUCUCUAAACCAACCAGUUGUCACAGGAGUGGUUCCUUUAACUAUUUAAUGACUGCUGAGAAUGGACCUUAAAGGAAUGGACUCAGUUUCCUGUGGGGCUUAAAAAGAUCACUAUAAUCAAUCUUGAUGGAACUGGGACCAGGCUAAAUCCUAUUUGCUAAUGCUAGUCAGAGGUGUUGGCUAAAGUACAGAUCUGGGACCAGUCUAUAUAUUCUCGUUAUGACAAUGAUAAUAAGAGAAGGGUUGAUUAAACAGAUCUGGGACCAGUCUGUAAUGUAUUCUCUGUGUUCCCCAUGCAGGGUUCUGGAGGAGAGGAGUUGGUUAAACAGAUCUGGGACCAGUCUGUAAUGUAUUAUCUGUGUUCUCCAUACAGGGUUCUGGAGGAGAGGAGUUGGUUAAACAGAUCUGGGACCAGUCUGUAAUGUAUUAUCUGUGUUCUCCAUACAGGGUUCUGGAGGAGAGGAGUUGGUUAAACAGAUCUGGGACCAGUCUGUAAUGGAUUCUCUGUGUUCCCCAUACAGGGUUCUGGAGGAGAGGAGUUGGUUAAACAGAUCUGGGACCAGUCUGUAAUGUAUUCUCUGUGUUCCCCAUACAGGGUUCUGGAGGAGAGGAGGAAGCAGUGGGACGUCCAGGAGCAGAGGCUGAGGGACAACAUCCUACAACAACGUAAACAGAGAGUCCAGGAUGCUACCGAACGCUUCCAGAGGGCACACCUGCCCCCCUCACAGAGACGCAGACAAUGUCAGUCUCACAACCCACAGCUGUUUUUCACACAGAAAAACACAAUUACUGGUCUCCACUUUAAUCUUUGUGGUUUGUAACUGUAGUGCAUACUUGAGAAAAUAUAUGAAUAGAAUAAGUCACACGCUACAGUGCAUUCGGAAAGUAUUCAGACCCCUUGACUUUUUCCACAUUUUGUUAAGUUACAGCCUUAUUCUAAAAUGGAUUAAAUAAAAUGUUUUCCUCAUCAAUACCCCUGAUGACAAAGCGAAAACAGGUUUUAAAAAUGUUUGCUAAUGUAUUAAAAAUUAAAAACAGAAAUACCUUAUUUACAUAAGUAUUCAGACCCUUUGCUAUGAGACUCGAAAUUGAGCUCAGGUGCGUCCUGUUUCCAUUGAUCAUCCUUGAGAUGUUUCUAGAACUUGAUUGGAGUCCAUAUGUGGUAAAUUCAAUUGAUUGGACAUGAUUUGGAAAGGCACACACCUGUCUAUAUACGGUCCUACAGUUGACAGUGCAUGUCAGAGCAAAAACCAAGCUAUGAGGUUGAAGGAAUUGUCCGUAGAGCUCAGAGACAGGAUUGUGUCGAGGCACUGAUCUGGGGAAGGGUACCAAAAUAUGUCUGCAGCAUUGAAGGUCCCCAAGAACACAGUGGCUUCCAUCAUUCUUAAAUUGAAGAAGUUUGGAACCACCAAGACUCUUCCUAGAGCUGGCCACCCGGCCAAACUGAGCAAUCGGGGGAGAAGGGCCUUGGUCAGGGAGGUGUUGGUUAACCUGGCACCAUCCCUACGGUGAAGCAUGGUGGUGGAAGCAUCAUGCUGUGGGGAUGUUUUUCAGCGGCAGGGACUGGGAGACGUCAGGAUCGAGGGAAAGAUGAAAGGAGCAAAUUACAGAGAGAUCCUUAAUAAAAAUCUGCUACAGAGCACUCAGGACCUCAGACUGGGGCAAAGGUUCACCUUCCAACAGGACAACGACCCUAAGCACACAGCCAAGACAACGCAGAAGUGGCUUCGGGACAAGUCUCUGAAUGUCCUUGAGUGGCCCAGCCAGAGCCGGACUUGAACCAGAUCGAACAUCUCUGGAGAGACAUGAAAAUAGCUGUGCAGCGAUGCUCCCCAUCCAACCUGACAGAGUUUGAGAGGAUCUGCAGAGAAGAAUGCGAGAAAUCCCCAAAUACAGGUGUGCCAAGCUUGUAGCGUCAUACCCAAGAAGACUCAAGGCUGUAAUCGCUGCCAAAGGUGCUUCAACAAAGUACUGAGGAAAGGGUCUGAAUACUUAUGCAAAUGUGAUAUUUCAGUUUUUAAUUUUGUAUACAUUUGAGAACAUUUCUAAAAACCUGUUUUUGCUUUGUCAAAUCAAAUCAAAUUUUAUUUGCCACAUGCUCCGAAUACAACAUUACAGUGAAAUGCUUACUUACAGCCCUUAACCAACAAUGCAUAUAUUUUUUUUAAGUGUUAAGUAAAAAAAGAGAAAAGCAGAUAACUAGAGAGCAGAAGUAAAAUAAAAUAACAGUAGGGAGGCUAUAUACAGGGGGGUACCGGUGCAGAGUCAAUGUGUAAUAACAGUAGGGAGGCUAUAUAUACAGGGGGGUACCGGUGCAGAGUCAAUGGGAAAUAACAGUAGGGAGGCUAUAUACAGGGGGGUACCGGUGCAGAGUCAAUGGGAAAUAACAGUAGGGAGGCUAUAUACAGGGGGGUACCGGUGCAGAGUCAAUGGGAAAUAACAGUAGGGAGGCUAUAUACAGGGGGGUACCGGUGCAGAGUCAAUGGGAAAUAACAGUAGGGAGGCUAUAUAUACAGGGGGGUACCGGUGCAGAGUCAAUGGGAAAUAACAGUAGGGAGGCUAUAUACAGGGGGGUACCGGUGCAGAGUCAAUGGGAAAUAACAGUAGGGAGGCUAUAUAUACAGGGGGGUACCGGUGCAGAGUCAAUGGGAAAUAACAGUAGGGAGACUAUAUACAGGGGGGUACCGGUGCAGAGUCAAUGUGUAAUAACAGUAGGGAGGCUAUAUAUACAGGGGGGUACCGGUGCAGAGUCAAUGGGAAAUAACAGUAGGGAGGCUAUAUACAGGGGGGUACCGGUGCAGAGUCAAUGGGAAAUAACAGUAGGGAGGCUAUAUACAGGGGGGUACCGGUGCAGAGUCAAUGUGCGGGGGCACCGGCUAGUUGAGGUAGUUGAGGUAAUAUGUACAUGUGGGUAGAGUUAAAGUGACUAUGCAUAAAUAAUAAACAGAGUAGCAGCAGAGUAAAAGAGGGGGGUGGGGGUGGGGGGGCAGUGCAAAUAGUCCGGGUAGCCAUGAUUAGCUGUUCAGGAGUCUUAUGGCUUGGGGGUAGAAGCUGUUGAGAAGUCUUUUGGACCUAGACUUGGCGCUCCGGUACCACUUGCCGUGCGGUAGCAGAGACAACAGUCUAUGACUAGGGUGGCUGGAGUCUUUGACAAUUUUGAGGGCCUUUCUAUGACACCGCCUGGUAUAGAGGUCCUGGAUGGCAGGAAGCUUGGCCCCAGUGAUGUACUGGGCUGUACGCAUUACCCUCUGUAGUGCCUUGGGGUCAGAGGCCGAGCAGUUGCCAUACCAGGCUGUGAUGCAACCAGUCAGGAUGCUCUCGAUGGUGCAGCUGUAGAACUUUUUGAAGAUCUGAGGACCCAUGCCAAAUCUUUUCAGUCUCCUGAGGGGGAAUAGGCUUUGUCGUGCCCUCUUCACGACUGACUUGGUGUGUUUGGACAAUGAUAGUUUGUUGGUGAUGUGGACACUACAGUCCUCUUUUUUCCACAAUCAUCUCCUUUGUCUUGAUCACGUUGAGGAGAGGUUGUUGUCCUGGCACCACACGGCCAGGUCUCUGACCUCCUCCCUAUAGGCUGUCUCAUCGUUGUCGGUGAUCAGGCCUACCACUGUUGUGUCGUCAGCAAACUUAAUGAUGGUGUUGGAGUCGUGCCUGGCCAUGCAGUCAUGGGUGAACAGGGAGUACAGGAGGGACUGAGCACGUACCCCUGAGGAGCCCCCGUGUUGAGGAUCAGCGUGGCAGAUGUGUUGUUACCUACCCUUACCACCUGUGGGCGGCCCGUCAGGAAGUCCAGGAUCCAGUUGUAGAGGGAGGUGUUUAGUCCCAGGGUCCUUAGCUUAGAGAUGAGCUUUGAGGGCACUAUGGUGUUGAACGCUGAGCUGUAGUCAAUGAAUAGCAUUCUCACGUAGGUGUUCCUCUUGUCCAGGUGGGAAAGGUUAGUGUGGAGUGCAAUAGAGAUUGCAUAAUCUGUGGAUCUGUUGGGGCGGUAUGCAAAUUGACGUGGGUCUAGGGCACAUAUGUCAGAGUCAAGGCCCGCGGGCCACAUCCGGCCCGCGAGAAGGUUUUUUACGGCCCCUGGGAUGAUCUUGAUUUAUUAUUAGAACCGGCCCGCAGACCGCAGCAAGCCGGCAGCCCGCAGAUCUUUUACACGCACCAAUACUACAUUUCCCACAAUGCAACGGUGACGCACCGAGCAGUAGGCUGCUUCAUUUCAAUAUUUAUUGGCACAGCAGUCGUCAGCAUCACAGUAAAAUUAACUUUCAGAUACCCAUCAAAAAUGGCAAAACGGAAGGUGGACACUGAGAACCGGGGGUUUCAAACAAGGUGGGAGUCGGAGUAUAUGUUCACGGAGGUAGCUGGAAAACCUGUGUGUCUUCUGUGUGGAGAAAGUGUGGCGGUACUGAAAGAGUAUAAUCUGAGACGACAUUAUGAAACGAAACACGCGGACAAAAACAAGAAUAUGGACAUGGAACAAAGGCUACAAAAGGCAGAGGAAUUAAAACGAGGCCUCAAAUCUCGACAGGCUCUGUUCAAAAAAGCCAAAUCACAAGGCCAGGCUGCUGUCAAGGCCAGUUUUAUUUUGGCAGAAGAGAUCGCUAAAUCAGCCCGGCCAUUUACGGAGGGGGAUUUCAUCAAAAACUGCAUGAUUAAAGUUUGUGACGAAGUUUGCCCAGAAAAAAGGCAACUCUUUUUAAAUGUGAGUCUGAGCAGAAACACCAUUGCCGAGAGAGUAGACCAGUUGUCCAUCAAUCUAAAAGAGCAGCUUGUGAAAAAGGGAAAAGAUUUCAUUGCAUAUUCCUUGGCUGUGGAUGAGAGCACCGACAUUUCUGACAUUGCCCAGUUGUCAAUUUUCAUCCGCGGAGUGGACUCCAGCCUAAGCGUGACAGAGGAGUUUUUGGCUUUACGUCCUAUGCAUGGCACAACUACGGGGCAUGAUUUGUAUGAAGAGGUGUCAAGAUGUGUAAAUGAGAUGGAGCUGCCUUGGGAAAAACUCGUGGGUUUGACAACCGACGGAGCACCUGCGAUGUGUGGACACAGGAGCGGACUGGUGGCGAAGAUACGGGAAAAGAUGCAAGAGGAAAACGCGACAGGUGAGCUGACAGCUUAUCAUUGUAUCAUACACCAGGAAGCGUUGUGCGGUAAAGCCUUGAAAAUGGAGCAUGUAAUGAGGAUCAUCACGCGCACAGUUAACUUUAUCAGAGCCAAAGGUUUGAAUCACCGCAUGUUACUUCUCCUUAAACAAAGUGUUGUUUUUGAUUAAUAGAUUUUUGCACUUUAUUUUAUUGUAUUUCAAUCCAAUUAUAUUUUAAAAAUAUUUCAGUUGAGUGGAUGAUAGAAAAUUGCUAUUAUUGUUUUUUUCUUUGAAGUAAAUUUAGCCCACUUUUGCUAAAAUAGAAAAUAUAGGCUACUGAUGGUGCCUUGAAUACCGGUUUCUUUCAUUUAAUGUUCAUGUUAUGGGGAUUUUUAUAUAAAGGAAAUGUGUCUUUUGUGUCUGUUGAAAAUUAAAGAUUACUGACAGAGCCAUAAGAAAAUAUUGCUUUAUUUAUCUGAUCAUAUUGGAACAUAUUUGUUAGGUUUUCAGUAGGUUCAAUUAGGUUCACUAGACUAUAUGCGUCAUUUAAAAAUUUUUCAAUGAACAUUCGAACAGUCCGGCCCUCGGCUUGUAGCUAAAUUUUUUAUUUGGCCCUCCGUCCAUUUGACUUUGACACCCCUGGUCUAGGGUUUCUGGGAUAAUGGUGUUGAUGUGAGCCAUGACCAGCCUUUCAUGACCAGCACUUCAUAAUAAUAAUAAUAUGCCAUUUAGCAGACGCUUUUAUCCAAAGCGACAUAAAGUCAUGUGUGCAUACAUUUUUACGUAUGGGUGGUCCCGGAGAUCGAACCCACUACCCUGGCGUUACAAGCGCCGUGCUCUACCAGCUGAGCUACAGAGGACCACAUGGCUACAGACGUGAGUGCUAUGGGUCGGUAGUCAUUUAGGCAGGUUAUCUUAGUGUCCUUGUGCACAGGGACUUUGGUGGUCUGCUUGAAACAUGUUGGUAUUAUAGACUCAGUCAGGCACAUGUUGAAAAUGUCAGUGAAGACACUUGCCAGUUGGUCAGCACAUGCUCGGAGUACACGUCCUGGUAAUCCGUCUGGCCCUGCGGCCUUGUGAAUGUUGACCUGCUUAAAAGUCUUACUCACAUCGGCUACGGAGAGCGUGAUCACAUAGUCAUCCGGAACAGCUGGGGCUCUCAUGCAUGCUUCAGUGUUGCUUGCCUCGAAGCGAGCAUAGAAGUGAUUUAGCUCGUCUGGUAGGCUCAAGUCACUGGGAAGCUUGCGGCUGUGCUUCCCUUUGUAGUCUGUAAUAGUUUUCAAGCCCUGCCACAUCCGACGAGUGUCAGAGCCGGUGUAGUACGAUUCAAUCUUAGUCCGGUAUUGACUCUUUGCCUGUUUGAUGGUUCGUCAGAGGGCAUAGCGGGAUUUCUUAUAAGUGUCCGGGUUAGUGUCCCACUCCUUGAAAGCGGCAGCUCUACCCUUUAACUCAGUGCGGAUGUUGCCUGUAAUCCAUGGCUCCUGGUUGGGGUAUGUACGCACAGUCACUGUGGGGACGACAUCAUCGAUGCACUUAUUGAUGAAGCCAGUGACUGAUGUGGUGUACUUCUCAAUGCCAUCGGAAGAAUCCCGGAACAUGUUCCAUUCUGUGCUAGCAAAACAGUCCUGUAGCUUAGCAUCUGCGUCAUCUGACCACUUUUUUAUUAACCGAGUCACUGGUGCUUCCUGCUUUAGUUUUAGCUUAUAAGCAGGAAUCAGGAGGAUAGAGUUAUGGUCAGAUUUGCCAAAUGGAGGGCGAGGGAGAGCUUUGUAUGCGUCUCUGUGUGUGGAGUAAAGGUGGUCUAGAGUUUUUUUUUCCUCUGGUUGCACAUUUAACAUGCUGGUAGAAAUUAGGUAGAACGGAUUUAAGUUUCCCUGCAUUAAAGUCUCCGGCCACUAGGAGCGCUGCCUCUGGAUGAGCAUUUUCCUGUUUACCUAUGGCCUUAUACAGCUCGGUGAGUGCGGUCUUAAUGCCAGCAUUGGUUUGUGGUGGUAAAUAGACAGCUACGAAAAAUAUAGAUGAAAACUCUCUUGGUAAAUAGUGUGGUCUACAGCUUAUCAUGAGAUACUCUACCUCAGGCGAGCAAAACCUUGAGACUUCCCUAGUAUUAGAUUUUGUGCACCAGCUGUUGUUUACAAAUAUACACAGAGCGCCACCCCUUGUCUUACAGUGUAAAGGCCGUCAGCCGUUCUAUCCUGCCGAUGUAGCGUAUAUCCCGUCAGCUGUAUGUUGUCCAUGUCGUCGUUCAGCCACGACUCGGUGAAACAUAAGAUAUUACAGUUUUUAAUGUCCUGUUGGUAGGAUAACCGUGAUCUUAGGUCGUCCAUUUUGUUUUCCAAUGAUUGAAGAUUGGCUAAUAGGAUUGAUGGAAGAGGCAGCUUACUCGCUCGCCGUCGGAUCCUUACAAGGCACCCCGACCUACGUCCACAAUAUCUCUGUCUCUUUCUCCUGCGAAUGACAGGGAUUUGGGCCUUGUCGGGUGUCUGUAGGAUAUCCUUCGCGUCCGGUUCGUUGAAGAAAACAUAUUUGUCCAAUACGAGGUGAGUAAUCGCUGUCCUGAUAUCCAGAAGCUCUUUUUGGUCAUAAGAGGCGGUGGCAGAAACAUUAUGUACAGAAUAAAUUACAAAUAACGCGAAAAAACACGCACAAUAGUACAAUUGGUUAGAGGGCUGUAAAACGGCAUCUUCUCCGGCGCCAUUCAUCAUUGUGGGGUGUUGUUGAUGAUUUAUUUUAGUUUGAAUCCGUUUUAGAAUAAGGCUGUAACAAAAUGUGGAAAAGGUCAAGGGGUCUGAAUACUUUCCGAAUGCACUGUAAUUAUACCAACAAGUUACUUUAACAGACAUUUAUCUUGGUUGUAUUGCAGCUUUCAGGACGAGCACCCUUAAUAUCGAGGAGGCGCUGAAUCACAUACAAGGCACCUUGACCUUGAGUUCCUAUACCAGACAAUCUUCCACACCCAACAGGUCAGAAUGGCUGCUAUAAUAGCAUUCAUACACUGUUUACAACUACUAUGUGUACUAGUAGUGUACUUGAAACCCCACCUCUUUAAGGAAUACCUGGGAUAGGAUAAAGUAAUCCUUCUACCCCCCUUACCCCACCCCCCCCCCAAAAAAAUGUAAAAAAAUACAUAUUGUAAAGUGGUUGUCCCACUGGCUAUAAGGUGAAUGCACCAAUUUCUAAGUCGCUCUGGAUAAGAGCGUCUGCUAAAUGACGUAAAUGUAAAUGUAAAUGUAGUAAGAAAUGAAUAUUCCAGCAUAUAUAAACAUGUAUAACCAUUACCCUAUGAACACAUAAACGAUUAUAAAGGCUUUAUAAACAUUUAAUGGCUUAUUUAUUAACGUUAUUACACCAACUGCAUGUCACCAUCUGCAUAUUUCUCCAGGCUUUUUAUAUGUGGGGAAAAAAAGUAUUUAGUCAGCCACCAAUUGUGCAAGUUCUCCCACUUAAAAAGAUGAGAGAGGCCUGUAAUUUUCAUCAUAGGUACACGUCAACUAUGACAGACAAAAUUAGAAAUAAAAAUCCAGAAAAUCACAUUGUAGGAUUUUUAAUGAAUUUAUUUGCAAAUUAUGGUGGAAAAUAAGUAUUUGGUCAAUAACAAAAGUUUCUCAAUUGUGAUAUACCCUUUGUUGGCAAUGACACAGGUCAAACGUUUUCUGUAAGUCUUCACAAGGUUUUCACACACUGUUGCUGGUAUUUUGGCCCAUUCCUCCAUGCAGAUCUCCUCUAGAGCAGUGAAGUUUUGGGACUGUCGCUGGGCAACACAGACUUUCAACUCCCUCCAAAGAUUUUCUAUGGGGUUGAGAUCUGGAGACUGGCUAGGCCACUCCAGGACCUUGAAAUGCUUCUUACGAAGCCACUCCUUCGUUGCCCGGGCGGUGUGUUUGGGAUCAUUGUCAUGCUGAAAGACCCAGCCACGUUUCAUCUUCAAUGCCCUUGCUGAUGGAAGGAGGUUUUCACUCAAAAUCUCACGAUACAUGGCCCCAUUCAUUCUUUCCUUUACACGGAUCAGUCGUCCUGGUCCCUUUGCAGAAAAACAGCCCCAAAGCAUGAUGUUUCCACCCCCAUGCUUCACAGUAGGUAUGGUGUUCUUUGGAUGCAACUCAGCAUUCUUUGUCCUCCAAACACAACGAGUUGAGUUUUUACCAAAAAGUUAUAUUUUGGUUUCAUCUGACCAUAUGACAUUCUCCCAAUCCUCUUCUGGAUCAUCCAAAUGCACUCUAGCAAACUUCAGACGGGCCUGGACAUGUACUGGCUUAAGCAGGGGGACACGCCUGGCACUGCAGGAUUUGAGUCCCUGGCGGCGUAGUGUGUUACUGAUGGUAGGCUUUGUUACUUUGGUCCCAGCUCUCUGCAGGUCAUUCACUAGAUCCCCCCGUGUGGUUCUGGGAUUUUUGCUCACCGUUCUUGUGAUCAUUUUGACCCCACGGGGUGAGAUCUUGCGUGGAGCCCCAGAUCGAGGGAGAUUAUCAGUGGUCUUGUAUGUCUUCCAUUUCCUAAUAAUUGCUCCCACAGUUGAUUUCUUCAAACCAAGCUGCUUACCUAUUGCAGAUUCAGUCUUCCCAGCCUGGUGCAGGUCUACAAUUUUGUUUCUGGUGUACUUUGACAGCUCUUUGGUCUUGGCCAUAGUGGAGUUUGGAGUGUGACUGUUUGAGGUUGUGGACAGGUGUCUUUUAUACUGAUAACAAGUUCAAACGGGUGCCAUUAAUACAGGUAACAAGUGGAGGACAGAGGAGCCUCUUAAAGAAGAAGUUACAGGUCUGUGAGAGCCAGAAAUCUUGCUUGUUUGUAGGUGACCAAAUACUUAUUUUCCACCAUAAUUUGCAAAUAAAUUCAUUAAAAAUCCUACAAUGUGAUUUUCUGGAAUUUUUUUCUCAUUCUGUCUGUCAUAGUUGACGUGUACCUAUGAUGAAAAUUACAGGCCUCUCUCAUCUUUAUAAGUGGGAGAACUUGCACAAUUGGUGGCUGACUAAAAACUUUUUUCCCCCUGUAUGUGUGAUCUUCUAGCCUGAGUCCCUGUCUGUUUGUGCUAUAAUACCACAGACUCCUUGUCACUCAUUGUCAUGUUAUGGCUUGACAAUGGCAGCAAUGGAGUUGGCAAGAGCACAAACUGAUCUGGAAUAAGCUUAACAACACUAUAGUUUACAGACAUUUAUAUGAAUUAACGUUAUUAUACCAACUACAUAUCUCCAUCAGCAUGUUUCUCUGGUCAAUCCUCUGGUUUAAAAACAGGAGCUGCACUUCAUCCCCUAAGCCUCCCCCGACACCCAGCCCGUCGCUCCACCAGAGGACCCUUUCUGCCGUGGAGGCCUACAGCAAACUGAUGCAGGACAGGACCCUCAGCAGCUUUAAGAACAGGCUACUUUUCCCCAACCAGCUGCAGGACGCACAGCUGAGGGACAGGGACCAGCUGCAGGACACACAGCUGAGGGACAGGGACAGGGACCAGCUGCAGGACACACAGCUGAGGGACAGGGACAGGGAGAGGGACGAGCUGCAGGACACACAGCUGAGGGACAGGGAGAUGGACAGGGUCUUCCUCAACCUGCUGCAGGACACACAGCUGAGGGACAGGGAGACCUGUAGCAGUCCACAGGUAGGCUUUGUCGGUCAUCUAGGCCAGUGGUUUUCAAGCCUCUCCUCGGGAACCCCUCAGCUCUUCCAUGUAUUUAUUAUAUUCCAAAGCUAGCACGCCUGAUUCAGCUUGUCAACUGAUCAUCAAGCCCUUGACUAGUGAGUCCGGUGUGGUAGUUCAGGGCUACAACAACAUGGUGAAACGUCUGGGGGUCUCAGACGAGAGGGCUGAGAACCACUAAUCUAGGCCACACAGAGAGUCUGGUUCUGAUGUGACGCAUGGUGAAAAUCUCAUAUCUGUUGUUUACCAUCCUUAUCUCAAAUGUUGGACUACAGUGGCUUCGGGAAAGUAUUCAGAACCCUUGACUUUUUCCACAUUGACUUUUUCCACAUUUUGUUACGUUACAGCCUUAUUCCAAAAUUGAUUAAAUCGUUUUUUUCCUCAUCAAUCUACACACAAUACCCCAUAAUGACAAAGUGAAAACAGUGUUGUAGAAAUGUUUGCUAAUUUAUUAAAAAUAGAAAAAUUAAAAUAUGACAUUUACAUAAGUAUUCAGACCCUUUACUCAGUACUUUGUUGAAGCACCUUUGGCAGCGAUUACAGCCUCGAGUCUUCUCGGGUAUGACGCUACAAGCUUGGCACACCUGUAUUUGGGGAGUUUUUUCCAUUCUUCUCUGCAGAUCCUCUCAAGCUCUGUCAGGUUGGAUGGGGAGCGUUGCUGCACAGCUAUUUUCAGGUCUCUCCAGAGAUGUUAGAUCGGAUUCAAUUCCGGGCUCUGGCUGGGCCACACAAGGACAUUCAGAGACUUGUCCCGAAGCCACUCCUGCGUUGUCUUGGCUUUGUGCCCCAGUCUGAGGUCCUGAGCGCUCUGGAGCAGGUUUUCAUCAAGGAUCUCUCUGUAUUUUGCUCAUUUCAUCUUUCCCUCGACCCUGACUAGUCUCCCAGUCCCUGCCGCUGAAAAACAUCCCCACAGCAUGAUGCUGCCACCACCAUGCUUCACCAUAGGGAUGGUGCCAAGUUUCCUCCAGACGUGACGCUCGGCAUUCAGGCCAAAACCGAAUCUUGUUUCUCAUGGUCUGAGAGUCCUUUAGGUGCCUUUUGGCAAACUCCAAGCGGGCUGUUAUGUGCCUUUUACUGAGGAGUGGCUUCCGUCUGGCCACUACCAUAAAGGCCUAAUUGGUGGAGUGCUACAGAGAUGAUUGUCCUUCUGGAAGGUUCUCCCAUCUCCACAGAGGAACUCUGGAGCUCUGUCAGAGUGACCAUCGGGUUCUUGGUCAACUCCCUGUACAAGGCCCUACUCCCCCGAUUGCUCAGUUUGGCCGGGCGGCCAGCUCUAGGAAGAGUCUUGGUGGUUCCAAACUUCUUCCAUUUAAGAAUGAUGGAAGCCACUGUGUUCUUGGGGACCUUCAAUGCUGCAGAAUUUUUUUGGUACCUUUCACCAGAUCUGUGCCUCGACACAAUCCUGUCUCGGAGCGCUACGGACAAUUCCUUCGACCUCAUGGCUUUGUUUUUUGCUCUGACAUGCACUGUCAACUGUGGGACCUUUUAUAGACAGGUGUGUGCCUUUCCAAAUCAUGUCCAAUCAAUUGAAUUUACCACAUAUGGACUCCAAUCAAGUUGUAGAAACAUCUCUGAUCAAUGGAAACAGGAUGCACCUGAGCUCAAUUUUGAGUCUCAUAGCAAAGGGUGUGAAUACUUAUGUAAAUAAGAUAUUUCAGUUUUUAUUUUUAAUACAUUUGCAAAAAUUUAUAAAAACCUGUUUUCGCUUUGUCGUUAUGGGGUAUUGUGUGUAGAUUGAAGAUAAUUUAGAAUAAGGCUGUAACGUAACUAAAUGUGGAAAAAUUCAAGGGGUCUGAGUACUUUCCGAAUGCACUGUAUAUCUGGAGAAGCACAUACGUUCGUAUUAAUGAACAUUUAAAUCAUGCAAACUACCCAUAUGUAUUCUAAAGCUUACAGUACAUAUCUCCAUUACAUUUGUAGCCUAUAUCAAUGAGUUGUUUCAAUUAAAAAAGCUAACCGCUACGUCUCUUCUCUCUGGCUGUGGAUGUGUUGCUGUGGAGGUGAAAAAGGUCCUGUAGUGUAACGUUAUCCCUGUAGUGUAACGUUAGCCCUUUAGUGUAACGUUAGCCCUGUAGUGUAACGUUAGCCCUUUAGCGUAACGUUAGCCCUUUAGUGUAACGUUAGCCCUGUAGUGUAACGUUAGCCCUGUAGUGUAACGUUAGCCCUGUAGUGUAACGUUAGCCCUGUAGUGUAACGUUAGCCCUUAGUGUUACGUUAGCCCUGUAGUGUAACGUUAGCCCUUUAGUGUAACGUUAGCCUUUAGUGUAACGUUAGCCCUUUAGCUGUAACGUAUGCCUGUAGUGUAACGUUAGCCCUGUAGUGUAACGUUAGCCCUGUAGUGUAACGUUAGCCCUGUAGUGUACGUUAGCCCUGUAGUGUAACGUUAGCCCUGUAGUGUAACGUUAGCCCUGUAGUGUAAAACGUUAGCCUUUAGUGUAACCUGUAGUGUAGUUAGCCCUGUAGUGUAACGUUAGCCCUGUAGUUGCUUAGUACGUUGCCUGUAGUGUAACGUUAGGCCUUUAAGUGUAACGUUAGCCCUGUAGUGUAACGUUAGCCCUGUAGUGUCCACGUUAGCCCGUUAGUGUAACGUUAGCCCUUGUAGUUGUAACGUAGCCCCUUUAGGCGUAACGUUAGCCCUGUAGUGUAACGUUAGCCCUGUAGUGUACAACGUUAGCCCUUUAGCGUAAUGUUUAGCCCUGUAAGUGUAACGUUAUCCCUGUAGUGGUAACGUUAGCCCUUUAGUGUAACGUUAGCCCGGUAGUUGUAACGUUAGCCCUGUAGUGUAACGUUAGCCCUGUAGUGUAAUGUUAGCCCUUUAGCGUAACGUUAGCCCUUUAGUGGUAACGUUAGCCCUGUAGUGUAACGUUAGCCCUGUAGUUGUAUAGCCGUUAGCCCCUGUAGUGUAACGUCGCCCUUUAGCGUAACGUUCCCUGUAGUGUAACGUUAGCCCUUAGUGUAACGUUAGCCCUUUAGCGUAACGUUAGCCCUUAGUGGUAACGGUUAGCCCUGUAGUGGUAACGUAGCCCUUUAGCGUAACGUUAGCCCUGUAGUGUAACGUUAGCCCUGUAGUGUGUAACGUUAGCCCUUUAGCGUAACGUUAGCCUGUAGUGUAACGUUAGCCCUUUCAGGUAACGUUAGCCCUUUAGCGUAACGUUAGCCCUGUAGUGUAACGUUAGCCCUUUAGCGUAACGUUAGCCCUGUAGCGUAACGUUAGCCCUGUAGUGUAAUGUUAGCCCUGUAGCGUAACGUUAGCCCUGUAGCGUAACGUUAGCCCUGUAGCGUAACGUUAGCCCUGUAGCGUAACGUUAGCCCUGUAGCUGCUACUGCCUGGACCUGCUUCAGCAUCACAAGACUGAGCAAACAGACAGAGGCCCUUUUUAGAUGGCAGACUGUCCCCUCUGAGCACUCACACACACACACACACACACACACACACACACACACACACACACACACACACACACUCACUCACUCACUCACUCACUCACCACUCACUCACUCACUCACUCACUCACUCACUCACUCACUCACACCACACACACACACACACACACACACACACACACACACACACACACACACACACACUCACUCACUCACUCACUCACUCACUCACUCACUCACUCACUCACUCACUCACUCACUCACUCACUCACUCACUCACACACACACACACACUCUCACACACACACACACACACACACACACACACACACACACACACACACACACACACACACACACACACACUCUCACACACACACACACACACACACACACACAUGAAUGUUACCGAUGUCUGUGCGUGGGUCCAGGGGCACUAGAUACUUGAGAUGCACUACAUGACCAAAAGUAUGUGGACACCUGCUUGUCAAACAUCUCCUUCCAAAAUCAUGGGCAUUAGUAUCCACUCUUCUGGGAAGGCUUUCCACUAGAUGUUGGAACAUUGCUUCGGGGGACUUUCUUCCAUUCAGCCACAAGAGCAUUAGUGAGGUCAGGCACUGAUGUUGGGCGAUUAGGCCUGGCUCGCAGUCGGUGUUCCCAAUUCAUCCCAAAGGUGUUCGAUGGGGUUGAGGUCAGGGCUCUGUGCAGGCCAGUCCAGUUCUUCCAUACCGAUCUUGACAAACCAUUUCUGUAUGGACCUCGCUUUGUGCACGGGGGCAUUGUCAUGCUGAAAUAGGAAAGGACCUUCCCCAAACUGUUGCCACAAAGUAAAAAAAAAAAAAAAAUAGUAUUUAUUUUUUUGGGAAGUUGGAAGCACAGAAUUGUCUAGAAUGUCAUUGUAUGCUGUAGCGUUAAGAUUUCCCGUCACUGGAACUAAGGGGCCUAGCCCGAACCAUGAAAAACAGCCCCAUACCAUUAUUCCUCCUCCACCAAACUUUACAGUUGGCACUAUGCAUUGGGGCAGGUAGCGUUCUCCUUCCUUCUGCCAAACCCAGAUUCGUCCGUCGGACUGCCAGAUGGUGAAGCGUGAUUCAUCACUCCAGAGAAAGCGUUUCCACUGCUCCAGAGUCCAAUGGCGGUGAGCUUUACACCUCUCCAGCCGACACUUGGCAUUGCACAUGGUGAUCUUAGGCUUGUGUGCGGCUGCUCAGCCAUGGAAACCCAUUUCAUGAAGCUCCCGACUAACAGUUAUUGUGCUGACGUUGCUUCCAGAGGCAGUUUGGAACUCGGUAGUGAGUGUUGCAACCGAGGACAGACGAUUUUUAGGUGCUAAAAGUCACUGAGCUCUUCAGUAAGGCCAUUCAACUGCCAAUGUUUAUCUAUGGAGAUUGCAUGGCUGCGUGCUCGAUUUUAUACACCUGUCAGCAACGGGUGUGACUGAAAUAGCCAAAUCCACUAAUUUGAAGUGGUGUCCACAUACUUUCGUAUAUAUGGUGUAGCUAUGCACAUUAUUAAUAAUAUCCUACCAUCAUGACAUUCAUCACUUGUUGAAUUAAUGCAUCUCUUCUAUUCCUGUUGAAUUAAUGCAUCUCUUCUAUUCCUGUUGAAUUAAUGCAUCUCUUCUCUUGUUGAAUUAAUGCAUCUCAGAGGAACACAUUGAAAAUAAGUGUUUUUAUGCUUACAUCAGUCAUCCUCUGGGGUUCUUGAUACUUUUAAAUAGUUUUUAUCUGUACGAAUAGUUUUACCCAAAUAUCAAUGAAUCAACCAAUAAAACUAUCUCUUCUGUAUUACAGCAUCAUAAUGUGAACGAAGUCACUGAGUCAGAGAGCCUGUCCAGUCUGGAUAGCUUGGAGAUGGAGGACACAACACAGAGAGUCCAGAAACACCCCAAUGGUCCAUCCACUGACUUGUCCUUUUGUCCACCAACAAAGAGUUUCCUAAGUGGUAACCUUCUACUCCAACAGGGCAAAGCUGAUGCUAGCCCUCAACCCCCCAGACCAAGGCAGACAGAGGAGUCUGUAGAAGACUGUAACAGUAGGCUGCACCAGCUCUCACAGGCCACUGGGUGGCAGAGUUGUACAGCCCAUUCAUCAUCUCAGAGUAGCACUGUAACCCAGCCCCAGUCCCCACUCCUCAGUGUCAGUCACCACAGCCUGCUAACUCUGAGUGGGAUUAUAGAUACGUCCUCAAUACGUCCAUAUAACGGUGACCCUGACGAAAGGGAAAGUCAUCAGAGGGGGGACCACAGAGUCUCAGCGGUCGCAGCGUGCUCCGAGGCUUCUACCCCAGACAAAACGCUGCCGGAGUUCACCUCUUGUCUGACCCCAGAGGGAAAGUUAGAAUUUAGGCAGCAGGUGAGAAAUCAGGAGGACAAGUAUUCCAAACAUCCGUCGGCGAACCAGGUCCUUCUGCCUGGGAAAACCUGCAGCCACAAAGACCUUCUGUGUGAAGCCCCCUCCUCAAACCCUGAUCAUAUCCUCAGUUAUAACACUAAGAGUAGCUCAGGGGCCCGAGAGGACUCCGCCACCGUUCAGCCAACAGGGAGCACACACCACCAGUCACACAGGAACAAACCCAGUGGAGAAGAUGCCACGAACAACCUCAACAAAGGGUCCAACUCUGAGCCCAAAGCCGGGAGGUCUAAGAACACAGACCCACUCAGUCAGACAUUGGGUCAUUGUAAUAUCAGGUCUGACUUCCCUAAAGGCCUGAAGAGCCUGCAGGUGGAAGGAGCACCAACACACCGCACAGACACGCCUCCACCUCCUCCACCUGCAGCUGCUGUCAGCACAGCCACAGAUCAUCCUAAAGGCACUGUUGUCAGAUUUAUAAAGGGAAUUCUUAAAAAGCAAUCAAAAUACGGAGUGUCGGGAGGAAACGCUAGCUCUAGUAUGUACAACACCGGGCGUUUAAUAUUCACCAAGCAAUUCACCAUGUCCAUCAGAGAUAGUGUGGAACUGACCAGAACGAAAGUCAAGGACGCAGAGGGCAACAAGACGGUCAACAAGAAGAUACGCUGGUUUGACGAGGUCAAUCUGGAAGGAGAGGAGGAGAUGAACAGAAAUCUGAUGGAACAGAAUCCUAUAACAAACAACAAGUGUGUUUCUGGGUGUCCACUACCUCCACAUAAACAGCAGUCAGCAUCAUCAGACCACCAACAGGGUCAGGACCAGACAGUGGCCACCACCACCCCCCCUCUAGCCUCCACCGGCUAUCACUUUACCAAGCAGGCCUGGGCAGAUGUCAGGGUCCAGGAGAGCAGGCUGCAGGGGCACCAGGAGGCCAUGGAGGUCAGGGUCCAGCGAGGGAGCAGCGGGAGGACCGGGUGCCCCAGGGUCCCCAGGAGAGUGAGAUCUGCCAGGGCAGGGAUGGAUCCUGUUUCGUCCCGCUCCAGGAAAGGCACGGUCAUCAGACCCCAGUCUGCUACCGAGGCCAGCAGCCACGUGGCCCGGGUGACCCACGGGAAGGUCAUGGUGCCUCGCCCCCCUCCCCGCACUGAAACCAUUGAGCCUAACACACACAAAGGAGAGGCUGCAGAGCCUUACAACAUGGAUCACUCUGACACCGCCAAGACUCCUUACAACAUGGAUCAGUCUAAUGAUACCACCAAGACUCCUUACAACAUGGAUCACUCUGACACCACCAAGACUCCUUACAACAUGGAUCACGCUGGCACCACCAAGACUCCUUACAACAUGGAUCACUCUAAUGACACCACCAAGACUCCUUACAACAUGGAUCACUCUAAUGACACCACCAAGACUCCUUACAACAUGGAUAAGUCUAACUCUGCUGCUACUAAAGCAGGUCUUCCUGUAGAGCAGGCUUUGUGUAAUAAGGACACCCUGGACAGCUUCGCCCCGUCCCAGACCUGUGCGCAUGUCAUUAGGGCAGAUAGCGGUGUUGUUUCCAACCCAUCCAAGGCCAUCCCCAUGUCAGGCCAGCAGGACGCCCAGGGAGGGGCUGCCAGACGGGGGCUGCUGUACAAUGAGAAAGGCCUCUGUCUGGACCGUACUCCCACAGACGAGGAGAUCUCCCAGCUCUGGCAUGGAGUCCGUAGUGCCUUAGCCACCAAGGACGGUAAUGUACUAUACUGUAGAUUGAUCAGAAUGUCCGGUCCUCACAUCUCUAAUACAUGUGUUGUUGUCACCAGUUGAGAAGGACGUAUCGUGGAAAUGACCACCUGAAGUCAAUAUUAAAUGAAUCAUUCUUUAUUAUCAGCAAGCUGGUGAGGUUCCAACCAACCCAAUGCACCAUAGUACACGUCGGUCAGGAGCUCCGCCGGGGCAGUCCCGUUAGUUCUCUUAUAUACUGCUUACACAGACAAGUUAGAUUUUCAUGAUUUAGCUUAUUCAUUAUUCAUAUUUAAUUCAUCAUUAACGUUUGGUUCAUGCAUGUGACCGACCAAUACCUCACGAGGCUUCUUCUCUCCAAGCUGAGACCUUGAAACUGAGAUACCCCUUUUGGUUCCCGAGCAAUGUUCUGGGCGUACUGCCAAAUUGCUUAUACUGAUAGUGAGGAUUUCUCCCAGGCAUGAUCAAUCAGUCACUUGCAUGAACCCAGUCGAAUUGGUUAUUAGAAAAGCACGAACAUAAAAUGUUCCUUCACAGACAUUAAUGUUCAUGUCAUUCAAAUUAGAUUAACUUUAUCACAGUGAGCUUGUUGUGUAGUUUGAGCUUUGAAGUUUUACGGCAUAGUUAGUAGGGAUGUGCAUCUCUCCUUUCAUGAACAAUUCGAUACGCAUCUAGAUACAGGGCUCUGAUAUGAUACAGGAACAAUACAUUUUAGUUUGAAACGAUUCGGUUUGAUUAGGGGAACGAGUUGAUUCGAUACGAUUCGAUGCAAUAUUUUUUUUUGCAUGAACACAUUCAUUUUCCAUUUUAAAUUCAUAUCUGCUACUGAUGGGAGCUCAGGAGCUGAGCCUCUCUGAGAUGAAUUUGUCUGAAAUGACUUCUGAGUGGCCCUCUGUGUGUGUGUGUCAGUGUCAAUGGUGUGUGUGUAGGCACCUGAGCUGAGCCAUAGGGCAGACUGAGCAUGUACCACCCCACUAUCAGAUUAGGGGUGGAGGCAAUUUCUGCUUUUUGUCACCCCCACUUUUUAUCUGAAAUCACCAUCACCCACUGAUUAACUGGUCAUUUUAUCUGAAAUCACCAUCACCCACUGAUGAACUGGUCAUUUUUGCAGAUUAAACAUAUUUUGAGCUAGUACUAUGUCAAUAUUUAUCUUUAGAAAUUAGCAUGGCAUUUAAGACUAUUAAUAUAAUGCAGCUUUGAAUUUUACCCCCGUCUCCGAAGAGAAUGGUUUAGACUGGUUGGUAGAUUAUGGAGCGCUUCUCCUGACCAAUGAAUGAAUGAAUGGACCUUUAUAUAAUUACCCUGUCCAUGUAAUGGACCAAUCCACUGAGUGUUUAAAGUACAACGACCAAAACAAUGUCUUAUGGUGAACCUGAACAAUCUAAAUACACAUGGUAUAAUGGAAAAUCCCAAUCGGCAGUUGGGUGUGAACUGCAUCCACUCUGUUAGGCUACAAACACAAUUUUCUACAGCUUAUUUGGUAACAAUGACCCAGCAAAUUACAUUGGUUGUCACUCAACUAAUAAAGCCUAUGAUUUGACAUUGCGAAAGCCAUUUUAUAAGCAUCUGAAUGCAAAUGUGCGAAUAGCCUAUUAGAACAGCAGACUGGUCCAAACAGAACAUAUCAUACUAAUUUGAGUGUCACAGAUUUACUUUUACUAUGUUACGUCUAGUCUGAGACCAGUCUGGAAGGAGAGGAAACAUCAUUUCAAUCACAACAGAUUUGUAUUUAUUAAGGAUCCCCAUUAGUUCCUGUCAAGGCAGCAGCUACUCUUCCUGGGGUUUAUUAUGGAUCCCCAUUAGUUCCUGCCAAGGCAGCAGCUACUCUUCCUGGGGUUUAUUAUGGAUCCCCAUUAGUUCCUGCCAAGGCAGCAGCUACUCUUCCUGGGGUUUAUUAUGGAUCCCCAUUAGUUCCUGCCAAGGCAGCAGCUACUCUUCCUGGGGUUUAUUAUGGAUCCCCAUUAGUUCCUGCCAAGGCAGCAGCUACUCUUCCUGGGGUUUAUUAUGGAUCCCAAUUAGUUCCUGCCAAGGCAGCAGCUACUCUUCCUGGGGUUUAUUAUGGAUCCCCAUUAGUUCCUGCCAAGGCAGCAGCUACUCUUCCUGGGGUUUAUUAUGGAUCCCCAUUAGUUCCUGCCAAGACAGCAGCUACUCUUCCUGGGGUUUAUUAUGGAUCCCCAUUAGUUCCUGCCAAGGCAGCAGCUACUCUUCCUGGGGUUUAUUAUGGAUCCCCAUUAGUUCCUGCCAAGGCAGCAGCUACUCUUCCUUGGGUUUAUUAUGUAUCGCUGAAUCAUUCCAUCCCUAACAGUUGGUUAUUUUAUAUUGUAUGUACUUUAUGACUGAUGUCAUCCACCUGCUAUUGGAAAUAUAUUUCAAACUGCUAAUGUUUUACAUAGAAAGUACUGAGGACCCAGUGACCUAAAGCCUCCCCACCUUGUGCUGCAGGCUAGUUCAACAGAAACCCUUUGACGGGACUGUACUUUCUUUGUGUGCCUGCCAGUUUGUAACUUCGUUUGA